AUGGCCAGUGUCGCAAGCCGAAACUUAUUCGACAUUUUGGCCGAUGUCGAGGACCAGCCGCAGGAAACUACUUCUGAACCGUCAAAAGAGGAGAUAGUUGUUUCUAAGAAAGUAGAUAGGUCUCGUGCUAGCAAGACCGAAGCUAGAAUUCGUCACGAAUAUCCUCAGCGUGGUGGUGCCACCAGGGCUGCUGCUUCUACGAGGGGCAAUGACGAGGCUAGAUCAGGACCUCGUGACCGUAAUGUGGGCCCUCGUCUCUCUGGUCGCCGUAAUCAAGACGACGGAAACGGCGGUUCUGACUAUCCUCCUCGUAAUGCUCGCGGAGCUCGUGCCGGUGAACGUUCUCGCGGCGGUCGUGGUGGACGACGUGGACGUGAAUACGACCGUCACAGCGGAACUGGCAGAGAGGAUAGCGGAAAAAAGGAUUCGCAAGCAUGGGGAGAUCCUACUAGUUCGUGGCCAUCCGAAUCAAAUGAAACAGAAAAGUGGGGAAAUGAUACUAGCGCAACGGAAACCAGUUCCUGGGCGGCGAAUGAUGACUCUGCUAAUGGAGGGACGUGGGGUACCGGCGAUGAAGCUACUGGUACAAAUGAGGCCGGUGGUUGGAACGAGGGAGAGGAUGGCGCCAAGAGUGAUAACGCCUGGAAUCCUGGAACUUCUUUGGACGAUUUGAACACGGAAAAUGUUGAUUGGAAAAGUGGCGAUCAGGAAAACAAAGACGAUAGUGGUUACUCCAUUGAUGUGGUACAGGCUCCUGUUGAAAUAGUGCAAAAGACUCUGGAUGAAUAUCUUGCCGAACGUGCCCAAAGAGGUUUAAGUGUAGCGCUUCCCGAACCAAGGAAGCCUAAUGAGGGAGUUGACGAUUCGCAAUGGAGGGAUGCUGUUCCUCUUGAGCGCGAUGAGGAGGAAGAUGUGUUGUUCGCUGGCAAGGAAACAUCUUAUAAAUUGAAGAGCAAGGAUAAGACCAAGGCGAAAAAGGAAUACAUCGAAAUCGACCAAGCGUUUGAGAGACCUAGUGGCGGAUCUCAAAGAGGUAGAGGCCGUGGACGAGGUGGAAGGGACGGCAACAGGGACGGCAACAGGGACGGCAACAGAGACGGCAACAGAGACGGCUACAGAGACGGCAACAGAGAACGCCGUGACAAUCGUGAUGGUGGCUACAGAGAAAAUCGUCGCGGUCGAAAUGAUGGUUUCAAUCCUAAUGAUACAAGGGCUUUCCCUAGCCUUGGAACUGCGUAA